CACACGAAAAGCCUCGUCCUUGUUCGGAAUCAAAUCAUUUGUCGAGACCCUAUUGAAGGCGAACGUAGUUUGUGCAGACAAGUUUGAAGUUGGUUCGUUCCGAAGAUGAGUACCAAAGAUGCUAACCACAUUAAGAGACCUAUGAAUGCUUUCAUGGUAUGGUCAAGAGAGAAAAGAAAGACUCUAUCUCAAGCAAAUCCAAGAAUGCACAAUUCUGAAAUAAGUAAAAUUUUGGGCGCCCAGUGGAAGCAGAUGGAGGAGGAAUCUAAACAACCUUACAUACAGAAAGCCAAAGAACUUCAAGCACAACACAGUAGAGACAACCCAGGAUAUAAAUACAAGCCUAGGAGAAGAAAACCUAAACAAAAUAUGCUGAAGAAAACACCGUAUCCAUUCCCAUAUCCAAGUCCUGACGGCGCUCAACAUGCAGCACUCAAGAUGGGCUAUCCAAAUGCCAUGCCGUCUCCCGAAGCGGUCUACCAGCAAUAUUUUCAAGUUCCACAACCCAACUAUCAAGUAUACGAUAUGUCAAUGCAUGCCCCAAGACAGGCACACUCUUACGGCGGUGGACCUCCUCACAGCUCUGCCGUCCAUGAAUUAGCUUACCCUGUUCGCAGUGAAAUUAUGCAAGGUGGACAUCUCUAUGGAGGACCCAUCGACUYUCCACCAACCACUAGUGCUUUCUCUAGCUCUCAGAACAUUCAUGUACAACAAGCUCAAGAUCACAGUUCUCCACCAACGUAUCCCGCCUUGUUUACUCAACGACACAUGUGAUUGCAGCUUUGAUACUGGUAGCUAGUUAUUUMUCUUUCUUUUGAGUUUUUGUAAUUGAUUGUGUGCCUAACAUCCUUCUCGACAAGUGAUAUCUUCAUUCACGUCUCUAUGAAGGCUUAACUCUCUGUUGAUCAUUUGUUUUCCAUUCAAUAUUUGAAGUGACUUAUGACAGCUUAUGUAAUUUACUUAUCUUGCCUAAAGGUUUAGCCUUAAAGCAGAUCCCUUAAAGCYAUGAUUAUUCUGAUAGACUCAGUUCACAAGCAAUCAGGCAAGAAACGUCCAUCAAUGGAGGCUUCAGAAAUAUCAUAGAUGAAAUUUAUUACUCUUAAAAUGACUAGUAUCUGUAGACGUUCCUAAGCCCAGCUGUGGGAGAUAUUGAAGACUCUUUAGUGGCUGUUUUAUUGCCCUGAUUGAUAUAAUAACUACUGUAAAUAGCUUGUUGAUUAGGAAAAUAUUUCAAUAUGGCCGAUGCAAACUUGUACGUAAUAGCAACUUUUUCAUCUUAGCGCUGACGGGAGACAACUAAAAAUUCUUYCUUCGAAACCAAAAUCUUUAUGCUCAACAAGAUAGAAUCACUGUUUAAAUUUGCUCCAUCUAAGUAAGAAUAUUUCAUUGAAUCCGAAAACAGUAGAAAAUAGCAUCGAUGCUUUAUUCGACUCGGACUGGUAGACUCGAGGUUUAAACAAAGCUCAAGAGAAUUUUCUCUCUCUCGUUUUCCUUGAUCUUAACGGCAUAUAUAUUUGUAUAUCCUCUCUCAUCGUAGGUUUCUAAGUGCUAUACAAUUAGUACAAGCAAAUCAAUUACUUCUAUUACGUUACGACAACAGAAAUCAAAUUGCUGAAUUGUAUGAUAGUUGACCUCGGAGUGAAAGAACACGAAGAGUUGGUUAACCGUGUUUCAUAAGUGCGGUUCGCCAUGAGCGACGCAUAACGGUCCGAAUGUUUACAACAUUACGAUGAAACGAGCUUAAAACCCUUGAGAAGAUAAGGAAAGAGUAAGCACUAUGAAUAAAUAGACGCACUGAAACCAGUCGAGUUCUGUGUCUAGAUUAUUGAAUUCCGAAUCCUUGAUAUGUCUAUUCUAUUGUGAAGUUUUGAUAUAAGGUGCGCUAAGCCGUAGCAUUACUUUUUUGGAUUACAAGAACUUUUUGAUCUAUUACAAUAGGCGAGUUGUCCCCAAAAUACAURACAUUUGUGAAGAUUUUCAAAGCGAAUUCAAUGGAGCCUUCAUGUUCAAUAUUUCAACAAUGUUCAGCCAUUGUCAUUGGAACUAAGGGAGUUUAGUUAACCGAGGGCGMGAGCGACCAUUCCUUGAAUUUAUUUUGAUUUUAGUAGCAGUGAAGUAGAACGAAAAACGUGUGUGCCACUCAACUUCGAGCACGAGUUAAAAGCAUUUUYCAAGUCCGUUUGGAUAAAAUUAUCUCUAAAUAAAAGAGCAUAGCAGAGUA